AUUUCCUUUUAAACCCUAAUGGUUUAAACAUCGGGGAAGCUCCCCAGUCUAAUUCAAAGAUUCGAGCUGAACGUACUUUUUGGAGCUAAAAUUUUGUGAAAAAUUUUAGUAACCAAGUCCAAUUUUCGUGAAAAUUCAUUUUAAAAUUCUGUGUUCUAGUCUGUCAAAAUUUAUCUAUUUAUUUUAUUGGAUAUUCUAAAUUGCAUUUCCCACUGUGAAUAAAGUUAUGUCGGCUUAUCGUAACCGCCUGUUGAGCUUGAUGAAGGCCCACCGUAGACUGACCUCUGCGGGUUCCAGCCGCCGCCAGCCUAUUUUCGAUGUAGAGACCAGGAAGGAUUUUGAGAGGCGCGUUAUAAACAGCGAUCGUCCUGUGGUGGUAGACUUUCAUGCCAGCUGGUGCUGCCCGUGCAAGGCACUGGCGCCUCGGCUGGAGAACAUUGUUAGUGAGCAGGGUGGCAAAGUGCGACUGGCUCGCGUGGACAUCGAUGAGCACGGAGAACUAGCCAUGGACUACAACGUGGGCUCCGUGCCGUCUCUGGUGGUCAUCAACAAGGGCAAGGUCGUCAACAGGAUGGUUGGUCUACAGACAAGCGAGUAUAUCCGCGACUGGUUGAAGAAAGUAAUGUCACAUGACGAGAAUUAAUUCGAGAGGAUAUGUCAUUCGAAUGUGGGGAUUCGUACAAUGUAGGCUCGAAUAAAGUUUGAUUUAAGCAAUGUAAA